CUCAGAAACCAACAUCGAAACGUCGUAGUCACCGAGUUUCGGCCAUGUCAAUCUGCCCAAAGUUUGCCGGUCACCGACGGUGGGUCUACACCUCAAUCAACUUCACCCACUUGUUCUCAACUACCGCCGGCGCCAUCGCCAGCGCCGGCACCGCCGUUGAUGACCCCUUCAAAACCCACCCGUCGUACCAGCACCUCGCUACCAUCAAAUCCAAAUCGGAGCUUCUCCAAUCCUACACCGUCACCCCACCCAUCAAACCAUGGCCCCGAUACCUCUCCCAUAAAAAUCUCAUCUCACUCGUCAAAUCCCAGCAUGAUGUUAACCUUUCCCUCCAAAUUUUUCACCACGCUGGCAACUUCCACCCUGGUUUUUUCCAUAACUACGAAACCUACCACUCCAUCAUCAACAAGCUCUGUCGUGCUCGGGCCUUUGAUAAAGUAGAGACCCUUUUAGCUGAAUUGCGAAAUUCCACCAUCAAAUGUGGGGAAGUUUUGUUUAUUAAUGUGAUUCGGAACUAUGGGAUUGCUAGUAAGCCCAAAUUGGCCCUUAAGACCUUUCUGCGAAUUGAAAAAUUUGGAGUUCAGAGGUCAGUGAGAUCAUUUAAUGCUUUAUUGAAUGCUUUAGUACAAAACAAAGAGUAUGAUUUUGUUUACGCUUUGUUUAAGAAUUGCCAGAAGAAGUUGCAUAUAACGCCCAGUGUGUUUACUUGUAAUAUCUUGUUGAAUGCUCUAUGUAAGAAAGACGAUACUAAUAGUGCAAUUAAAGUUCUUGAUGAGAUGCCUGUGAUGGGAAUAGUUCCCAAUGUUGUGAGCUACACAACUAUUUUGGGCUGUUAUGUAUCACUUGGUGAUUUAGUGGGCGCGAAGAGGAUGUUUGAUGAAAUUAUUGACAGAGGGUGGUUGCCUGAUGCAACGACGUACACUAUCUUGAUGCAUGGUUAUGUUAAGCAAGGGAAAUUUAUUGAUGCAGCUAAGAUAAUGGAUGAGAUGGAGGACAAUGGGAUUGGGCCAAAUGAAGUGACGUAUGGAAUUAUGAUUGAGGCAUUUUGCAAGGAAACGAAGUCCGGUGAAGCUGUUAAUUUACUUAAUGAUAUGCUAGAUAAGAGGUAUAUACCAAGCCCAACACUUUGCUCUAAGGUGAUUGACGUCUUGUGUGAAGAGGGGAAGGUUGAGGAGGCGUGUGAUUUGUGGAAGAAACUAUUGGUAAAAAAUUGUACUCCAGAUAAUACAAUAUUGAGCACACUUAUUCACUGGCUCUGUAAGAAGGGACAGAUUUGGGAAGCAAGGAAAUUGUUUGACGAGUUUGAGAAGAGUUCGAGUCCUAGUGUUUUGACAUAUAACAUGCUUAUUGCAGGGAUGUGUGAGAAAGGAAAGCUGCAUGAAGCUGGGAGGUUAUGGGAUGACAUGGUAGACAAGGGUUGUGUUCCUAAUGCUUUUACUUACAACAUGUUGAUCAAAGGUUUUUGCAAAGUUGGAAAUGCAAAGGAAGGAAUUAGAGUUCUGGAAGAGAUGCUUGACAAAGGCUGUCACCCAAACAAAUCUACUUAUUCCAUCUUAAUCAAGGGGCUUCUUGACUCUGAACUCAACGCAGAAGUUUUACGGGUGCUUGCACUGGCUGCAUCAGGUGAUGUUGAUUCUGAAACUUGGGGAGUCCUUGUGGCCAAGUUUGUUACUAAUGUUCAAAAUGUAUGUUCCGUUUUGGAUAAGACAUUGUCAGAGAAUGAAGUGUAAAUGUUUGUUCUAAUGUUCCUCAUACCCAACAUCUGAUUCUAAAGUGGGAGCAAGCAUGGUUCACAAAAGAAUUACCCAUUAAU